UUGAUCUCCCCUCCUUUCCUACCAUUUCCUUAUCUGAAUCAGCUGAUUAUUGUUUUCGUAUUUCUAGCGAAACAGACCGUUGUUGUAGUUAUGAUACGUGAUACCUUUUAACGAACGACGUUUUGGAAUAUCCUCGUCGGUCCGUCGGAACAGACAACGGGUCUAAUAAUUUCUGGUAACUAGGUAUUUUACCGACGAGUUUGAUAUUUCGAAGAAGAAGAUUGACGUUUCGCGGGCGGGGUGACAUCAUUAUCGUUUUCUGGUUGUGUUGUAUCAGUCACUCAGAGAAUGACGCAGUAGAAGGUCGUCUCAGAGAUGGCGAACUUCCCAGUAUGAAAAUACAGUUUUAUGGCGAGGUACAAAGAUUAAGUUUGGGAAAAGAAAAUGUCUGCAGACUCUCCAAGACGUGGUGUGCAUAAAGGAGUUCAAGUUGUAUCACCUCAACCAAUAGUUGAUCGAUCAAUUAUAGACAGUGUUGCAGGAAUUAUUAAUGAUAUUGUUCCACAGGCUUAUGCUGGCACACCAAAUUCUGAGAACAAAGAGUCUAUAUCGUGGGCAAGAUUUGAGUAUGCAGACAUUAAUGAUGCAGCCCUGUAUCCAGAUUACAAUGAGGGCUCUAACACACCACCUUUAUUAUUGGUGCUUGGAUAUACAACUGGAGUCCAGGUCUGGUUAAUAACGGCAACAGGCGAAGCAACGGAAGUGUUAUCAUGGCGACAAGGAGUGGUUCGUACUCUGCGAAUUUUACCAAAUCCAAAGACUGACGACGAACAUGCCGAUCUGUUUGAGUCGAAACGGCCAAUGGUAGCAGUAUGUGAUUCAGCUGGACCUGGACCACAAUUUUGCAAUAUUAGCUUCAUUUCAUUAAAAACUGGGGAACAAGUUAAAAGCAUCAAAUUUAAAAAUCCUGUUUGCGAUAUUUUGGCAAAUAAGCGAUCCAUAGUGGUAACAUUUUUAGAAAAAAUCGCUGUAUUCGAUGCUAGAACAUUGGAGGAUGUGUUAACAGUUACUACCUGUUAUGCCAGUCCUGGUCCAAAUCCAAAUCCUGUCGCUUUAGGAACAAGAUGGCUUGCUUAUAGCGAAAAGAAGUUGUUACCAGCAAAAAGAAGCAGCGGUGGUUGCGAAGGCGAAGGAGUUCAAAGUUAUACCGCGACUGUUCUUUACGCGGCGAAAUCUUUGGGCAAAGGCUUACGAGGAUUAGGAGAGACUGUUGCUUCGAGCUUAACUGGUAAUUCGGUAUCGCCAGUGGUCAUCAACAAUACGGGCAGUGACGUGACCCAGCCAGGGGUGAUCACGAUAUUAGAUCUCCAAGCUGCAAAAGAAGAGAAAGAGUUGGAUGACGCGAAUAUAGAGACUGUAGUUGCUCAUUUUACUGCCCAUAGUGAUGCAAUCGUUGCCAUGACCUUUGAUUUAAGCGGUGCACUAUUAAUGACUGCUGACAAAAGGGGGCAUGAUUUUCAUGUAUUUAGGAUUCAACCGCAUCCAGGUGGCCCCACUUUGACAGCCGUACAUCAUUUAUAUAUUUUACAUCGCGGGGAUACUACUGCGAAAGUGCAGGAUAUGGUGUUUUCGAGUGAUACUCGUUGGGCCGCAAUUUCAACUGUACGGGGUACUACCCACGUUUUCCCGGUUGCACCAUACGGAGGACCGGUAGGAAUACGAACUCAUUCCACACCUCAUGUUGUAAAUAGACUUUCAAGAUUUCAUAGAAGCGCUGGUUUAAUGGACGAUGGCACCAGAUCUCAUUCCCCUGUGUCUCAUACAGAAUUACCUUUAUCAGUGUACCCCUAUUCUAAUCCAAGAUUACCCCCGUAUCCUCAUCCGACCAUUUUACAUCCUUUGGCACAGAUACGGCAACCUUCUUCGUUGAACCACGUAAAUAGUCAAGUUCAACAGAGUAGGCCGCAGCAAAGACAACGAUUACACUCAGACGAUAGUGGAACGUUACCAUUAAAAAUAUGUGCUUGUUUUGCACCACCACGUGCUUGGAUGUAUGCACAAAGAGAAUCUACUGCGAAAGUUAUGAAAAGAGCAGUUGAUUCCUUGUUUAUCAUGGCGUGCCACGGAAACCUGAUACAAUACGAUUUAGAACCAAAACCAGCUGCAGGUGUACCAAAGGAAAAAGUGUGUGACGAUACGAUGAUAGAAUUAGAAGUUGAAGCUAAAGGCCAAUGGCCUCUUUUAAGAUCUCCAAACUCCUUAGAAAUUGUGCCACCUUUGUCACCCUCUAGCGCUUUGUUGAGUGUCAAUACUAUACCAAAAGACGUUCAAGACGGUGAUUUAGCAGAGGAUCGUUGGUUAAGUCAGGUAGAAAUUGUAACACACGCUGGUCCGCAUAGGCGACUUUGGAUGGGUCCUCAGUUUGUCUUUAAAACUUACAAUGCAACCAGCGGAGCUCCCGUGAAUUUGGUUGAAGCGGAGGCAGUCGAAAUAGGAAUAACUGGUGGUUCUCGACCAGCAAGAUCGAAUCCGGUUAACAUGCCGCAUGCUGCGUCUAGAUCAUUGGUACCUGUGGUUAUCGAUGGAUCAGGAAGCAGUUACGAGCAAUCUCCAAGAUUCGUGGAAGCGUAUGGCGAUUCGUUAGAUAGUGAAAAUACUGGGGUCGGAGGUGGUGAGAAUCAGUUGAGAGAAGAUUUGGCAGAGGCUAUGCUAGAAACAUCUAUCGCACCUCAUCGUGCACCAGGGAGGCGAUCGGUAUUUGAGAGGGUGGGUCAACCGGUAACUAAAGUCGUCAACCCUUUGGGCACCGUGAUUACCGUGUCAGCCGACGAGGAGGACAUAAACUCCAGUCAGGAGUUUGACUCCGUGGAGGAGAGCUACGUGCCGGAGCCACCUAGGAGCGUGUGUGCCGAAGAGGGUCCGGCAUCUCUCGGCGAUCUCGAGCCAGAGAGUCAAACUCUGCGCGACCUGACCGAGAUCUGCGCUGAAAUGCGUUCAGCUAGCGAGCCUGCGAUAGACAGUGUACCCGACGAGAAUAUUCGCGAGGUUAAAGAGAGGAAGGCUCUCUGUGUCGAGAUCGCAGCCAUCGGGGAACCAGGAGGCAUCGACUUCGAGAAAGAGGAAGCCUUUCACGACGUGCCUACCAGUUUGAGUCUCUGCGUCGAACAGGGUGAGAUACCCAGUAGCCCUAUGACCCAGGUUAAACAGGCUGUUUGGUGUAAGAGAUUCGAUAAGAGAGCAGGCAGAGGUGCACACGAGAAGAGCAUGUCCGAGGCACAGUACGUGAUGAACUGCGACGAUGACAGUGUCGUGUUGAUGGAAAAUAAACUGGCUCACGGGAGGAGAAGCGUUUCGACCCAUUCUAAGGCGGAAAGCAAGAAGCUUUACGAGUCGGAGAAGCUUGUGAAGAGGUCAGGAGGAGAUGGAUCUAAGGCCGAGACCAAAACAUCGGUUAAAAAGUACGUUCUCAAGGAACAGGAGGACAGUAUCGUGAUCGAGGAUACAACUUGCGAGGAAUCUAAAAAUAAUUCUAGCUCUAAGAGAAAAAGCUACGACAAGGAAACAGUCGAUAAAGAGUCGGUGAAAGAGACUGGAGGAAAGUCCAAAGGGAAAUUAAAGUCUUCCACGAGCCAAGAUUGCAAGGAACCAAAAGUGGAAUCCAAUAUAGAAAGUAAGCUUGCAGGAAAACGAGCGGAACUGAUUAUGGAGCUGGAACGUAUAAGAGAAGAGGGUGGUAGUAACGAUGAUCCUAAAUCAGUGAUCAACGUUGAUGUAACGAUUAAAGAGGUAGAUAAAUACAAAUCACCACCAUCAGACUCAACUGAUGAAUUCAGCUCCAGUGAGUAUCACAUAGUGGAAACCUCUAGUUGCGGCAAGGACAGUACUUUGAUUCAAUCCGACGAAGACAUCGAGCAUAUCCACACUUCCGAAUUGCCUCAAUCCGAGUGCAUCGACAGCACCAAGUACACGGAUAUCAGUUGCACGGGUUCUUCGCCCUUUCUGCAGAGAAAGAACAGCAAGAACACCAUAUCCGACGACGAUUUGGAGUAUAUUCAUUCAUCCGAGCUGGUCGAGGCUGUUAGUAGAACAUGCAAGGAGGAUUUGAAAGAAGCCAGCGAUUCUGACUCGGCUACAACCAAAAGUAAACGAGUGUCAUCUGACGACGACAUGGAGCACAUUCAGCAUUCCGACGUGUGUUUCGACGAGGAUAGGGAUUUUCCCGAAAAGAAGAAACCGCAAGACGAGCAAUUAUCGAAAUCUAAGAGUUCAAAGAAGACGAAGGAUAUCGUGGUAAUAGAGAGCGAUACCUCAGCGGCUGAUGUGACGGUGAUUUUCAAGCCAGUCGAAAGCUGGAAGAACAAAGGCGCAGAGAAGAAGGAGGACCCUGAAGAAUGCGUUACCCUGAAAGAAACGUUUGAAAGUACGAGCCCUCUGCGAACAGCGAAGACUCGAUCCGCUAAAACCUCACCUUCCAAUGUUCCAAAACGAUCUCAAGCUGGAAUCGAGAUCAUCGAUAUCGACGCGAUGCAGAAGGCCGAGAUGGAGAUCUUCACCGAGUUAACACCUGCUCCAGAAUGCCAGGUUCUGCCUGGACCCGAAGUUGGAACUCGCUCGAGAAAAUCUCGAAAAAACAAAAAGCCGUAUGUUGAAAGCACCGUACAGAGUACCGUGGAGGUACCAGUCGAGUCCUCGAAGGCUGUUGAAGAAACUGUUAGGGAAUCGAAUCAGGAACAAAUUCCCGAAGUUUCUUGGAGCGCCGUUGUGAAGAAGAAAAGCGGUUCUCCAGUUGCGGAGUCGGAAAUGCGAUCAGAGGAGGAUAAACCUGUCAAAACCGGAGAUGCAAUGGAAACAGUAGAGACGGUGAAACGUACUCCUAUUUUGGAGAAGAUUGACUCUAUCAAGAGAAAGGUGCACGAGUCUCUGUCGAGGACGAACUCACAGGUGAUCGAGAAGCUUCGUGAGGCUGUAACAGAGUUAGAUUUCGAAGAGCCUGCAGUGCAGACGGACAUUUCUUGGAGUUCUAUUGUAAAGAAGAAGAGUACCGAGCACGAAGGUAAGGACAUUGACGUCGAUCCAGUUGCAGAGGAACCGACCAUUGAGGAAAAGAAAACUUCUCGUAAACGCGUCGAGUCCUCGUCUAAACCCUCCUUGAUGAUCGAGCAAUUAAAAGAGUUAAUAGAGACGAAUGUGGAGGAGUCUUCUGCUCAGCCAGGCUCUUGGAGCUCGAUCGUGAAGAAGAAAGGUUCGGAAUCAACUUCGCAACUGCGAAGUUCUGAAGAAAAGGCUCGUAGGAAGGUAGAUCCUUCAGAUUCUUUGGAGAUCGACUCCAAUCAGAAAUUUAAAUCUUCGGAGAAGAACUAUGAAAAUUUAGCCGCUGUACCCUCCGAAGAACCUUCGAAGGCCUCGAGCUCGAUGGAUCGAGGUUCCUUAAAAGAGAAAGAAAACGCGAAGUCUUCGAAACAUUCAUCGGUUGAUCGAGUUCCCUUAGAAGAGAAGGAAAGCGCAAAUACUUCGAAGCCUACAUCGGUUAAUCCGCCUUUCUUGGAAGAGAAAGAAAAGCCUUCGAAGUUUGAGACUUUGAGCGAAAUCGUCGAGGAAGCUCUGAACGAGAAUAAGAAUUACGCCGAUCCUAUAUUCUUGAAGGAAGAUUCCUCGGAACCUGAACGAGAUACGGAAAAGAAAAGCGACUCUGAGCAGGAGAUCGUACCAGAGCGUUCGAGCUCCUCGGACGAGAUGAACGCGAACGUUGUGUUCACGAAUGCCGAGGGUGAUUACUUGAAGAGUGAAACCGUGGAGAGAAGCGCGACGAGUGGCUCGUCCUCCGUCUGCGCCACGUCUAAGAAGGGCAACAGGUCGAAGAAAAAAAAACGCAGAUGAGUAGAGGAUUGCAUGGAUGUACCUAAGGCCAGUCUUGCCCUUUACAUAUUCCUGAUGCAAAUGACAGGAGCCGAUUAGCAGAAGUACGGAGUCGAGAACUUUGUCCAGUUCUCGUCUCAUUAAAUCAUCUUAGAAACGAUAUCAUUUGUAAGGGGCGUUUUAAUUCGGCAACAGCAACAGAUUUCAUAUUUUUGAGAAUAUUUUCUAAAAUAAUUUCCGCAUAGGCUGAAUAUUGUUGAAAUACCGAUUAGAGAGAAUGCAUUGAUUCAGCGCUUGAACGACCGGUCACUAAAAUUUUAGACGUCUGAGAUGCUAAUUUUCAUCAUUCUUAUAUCGUAAGUUGAAUGAUUCCCUGUCGACCACUAGCGAGAAACAAAGGCCCAAAAGACACCUAGUGGCCGUCGCCUAAACUCGAGGCGUCUAGGAAGAGAUGAAGCUAACAUAGGAGCGGGAGAGCAAUAUUGGUGGUAUCCGGUAUUCCUUUCAGACUUUCGUGUAAGUCUAAAUUUAUUCUUUCUGUUGACUGAAAAGUGUCUAGCGCUUAAGUCUAUCGGACCCGUCGAUUAAGUGUUAAUUAAAGUAUUUUCAUAUCGUGAGCUGAAACUGAUAUCAGCACGAAUAAAUGUAAGAAUACUACAUAUAAAAAGUACGAAUAUCAUGUAAGACGCUCGAUAUAGUUUUCUAAGAUGAUAUUAAAGGGCAAGGCUGUACUGUACCAUGUACGUCCUAUUGCAUUCCAGUGGAAUGUAGAAAACGAAUUAAAUAAAAAAAAAGGACAGAAAACAGAAAAAAUGUAGGAACUAAAAUAGAGACACGUAGAAACUUUUGAAACUUCUAUAUCAUAUUAUAUAUUUAACAGAUAUAAGGACAAAGAAACAAAAAACACCGUCUGUGUUUCGAAUAGUUUCAUAGCGAUAUAUUUCUGUUUCGACCGUCUUAUGUCGUCGAAUCAAUCUAAUCCGUGUGGUGCAUACGAAAAGUGUGGUUUUAGCUUUAUUACGAUCGAUCAUUGUUACGAUGCCCGCGAAAAAGCACGGGUGUCCGCAUGGGCAACUUUAUGUGCAUGCCUGGUUUAUCGGUAAUUGGUUAGACACUUUUUCACGGUGACUACCUUUCGUUUGUACUAUCAUACGUGGCCACGAUAGCGAUUACAUGUUUCAGUUGCACAAAGACACCUGAUGACGUACUUACAAACUGUCUAAUUCAGGCUUACAUCGUAAUCAUCGAUAACGUUUCUAGAAAAUAUAUUUGUUUCACGAAUAAUUCUUUGAGACACGAAAUUUUAGAAUACAAAAUUGGCCAUAUGACAAAAUUGAAAUAGGGUUUCUGAAAAUAUUAUUGAACGUUCAUCGAUGAUUUCAAUGUAAUUUCCCGUUUCGUACGUCAUCGGGACAUGCUUUCCGUGAAAGCCAUAUGAAUUAAUGGAUCACAAGCAAUUCAUUCGAAGAAUUCUGAUAGCUUUUCAACCGCACCGUGUCAAACGAAUGAAAAUUUCUUAGCCAUUUCCUCGGGCAUUUUAUGAUUUUGGUUUAACCUUUCGGCAAGAGCUGGUUAAAUGUGUAUUCAAACUCGUUCUCUAUUGUCCAGUCGAUCGAGAAGCAAUUAGCAGUAGGUUUCGUACACUUUUCUCUUGUAACGAAAUGAAUUCAUUCGUGGUAAUAAUGAACACGAUUGAAAAUGAUUAGUGUACAAGUAUUAAACUGAAAUUGUAUUUCGCGGACUCUAUAGGGUGUUAAAAAAUACCCUGAAGACCUCUACACCGCUGGAUAGAUCACGAAAAAUCGAAGUGAAAAGUUCUGUAGCAUUUUUCGAUGGGAUCAAUAGUUUAGCCACAUUUCGUUGUUGAAAACUGAAAAAAUUAACUAAUCAGCGUGCAGCUUGAGUGGCAAGACUCGCGGAGUAGGAGACUAACCUUCUCUGUCACCGGCUGAGCGUCGCGCUUACGCAUGCGCCGAGAGUCUCCUACUCCGCGAGUUUUGCCACUCAAGGUGCGCGCUGAUUGGUCAAUCUUUCAACAACGAAAUGUGGCUAAACUACUGAUCCCAUCGAAAAAUGCUACAGAACUUUUCACUUCGAUUUUUCGUGAUCUAUCCAGCGGUGUAGAGGUCUUCAGGGUAUUUUUUAACACCCUGUAUAUGCACACACAAUGUGUGUAGAGUUAGAAAAAUAAUUGAAAUGUUGUCUCAAGGGAAAUUAUUUUAAAUCCAAAGGAUUUCAGUUGAAUUGUCAUGAAAAUCAUGUGAAACAGGUGAAAAUUCACCAUAGAUAUAUUUAUCGUAAGACCUUUGAUCGUGUAAAUUCGUAAUGCAUAUUGAACGUUUGUUGUGUAACAUAUAACGUUCUUGCAUUGUAUAUUAGCAAGAACUUAAAAAAGAAAAAAAAAGGAACAAGAUUCUCUUUGUAUACUUUGCGUUAACACGGGAUCUUGUUUCAGCGUGCUAGAUCAUUUUUUAAUUUACUGUCGAGGUACACCUGUAUAUGUAUUCUCGUGCCUCGUUCAUCAAGUUUUUUUCAAUUUAUUUUGUGUUUUGAUAGUGCAACAAGUUAACUUUAAAUCAUUGGAUCAAGUCCCUUACUAUUAGUCGAAAUUACGGCUGUGUAUUAGAUUUUCGUGGCGCUUAGUGUUCCACAAUGAAAAUUUUUGAAAUUAUUAAUGUCCUUACGUCGAUGCUAUUAGAAUUUAUCAAAUUUCGAGUAUCUUCAAAGCAAUUUUUCAAAUUAAUUAUUUCUAUCUUUUAAUUAAAUUAUUCUACGUAGAGGAGACUUUUCGGAAAACGAGCCAGUUAAGAAAAAAGUUAGAAAGUAAAAAGGGAUCAGCUUCGAUGAAGACCUUCGACUUCGUUUAAUUGAAUUUUCAUCUCUCUAUAUAAAUUAUCGUGUUCAACCCUUGUCUUAUCGCAACGAGCCUCACUCGCGUUACAGAUUUUGGGAACAAUAUGACAAUGUACAUUUUACGCGUUGAAUAGUGAAAUUUUUAUUUAAUUUUUAUUAUAAUUCAUCGUUUAUUUUCAUUUGCUUCGCCAUUCAGUGAAAGGCUAAUUCUAUCGAAUGGAUAACGUAAUAUAUUCAGCGAAUAGUUAAUUUUAUACAGUGAAGUGAACAGUUACUUCUAGUUUAUAGCGAACAGCUAAUUCUAUUCUAAAUAACUAAUUUUAAGCCAUGAACAGCUGAUUUUAGCGUAUUUGAUCGUUCAAAGAAAUCAUAAGGCAAGGAAUUAAUAGCAGACCGUGUUAUCGAAGAGCAAAUCGUUUGUUCGUUCGUGUAACUUAGGCAUGGGCAAGUAGUACGGUCACGAGUACUCGAGAUUGCCCGGGAGCAAAUUCAAGCAAAGUGCCCAUGCCUGGUAUAGAUACAAAUAUAAUAUACAUAUACAUACACAUGUACAGAGUAGGUAAAAAAUUAUAGUACAUUCGGAAACGCAAUCUUUUUUUGUCUCAAGCUUUUAUUAUAUAGAAAGGGAAAAUUUUUUAAAUCAUUUGCUAUUUUAAUAAUUUUGUUUUCCAAAAGAAUCAAAUUUGAUAAUUGGUUCGAUUCAUCUGCAAUUGAUAAUGAGUAGGAAUAUAGUUCAAAUAAAAAAGAAGUCAACUAUUCCCUUUUACUUUCAGUCAGCUGAUUAAAAUCAUCUAUGCACUUGGGUGUACAGUCUUCUUUCAUGCAGACUAACUUCCUUUCUAAUUUGUACUAUAAUUUUCAGCCUACUCGUAUAUCUCUAACUCAUUAGAGUUCAUUACUAGUACAAAUGGAGAACGACCAGAUCUUCUUGAUCAAACGAGAAGAAGGUCUUUUGUCGAGGAUUUAGCCGAGAGAUUUAGUACAAAGCUUUUAACGUCGCUUUAGUCCUCGUAAGUGCUGUGAUUAUGUUCGUGAUACGCUGUAUCGUUGCUACGCCGAGAGAAACGUGUUUAAUCGUGUUUAUUUUUAAAGACUUUUAUCGAAAGAGAAUUGUCACAGAAUCAUAGAGCUUCCUAGGUGCAAUGCUUUCAAUGCUAAUUUUUAACGACAGAUAUUUGUUGUGCUAAUGAGUAACAGGUGAUGGCUAAAAAAGAAAAGCAUAGAAAAGAGAAUAAAAAGAGAAAAAAAAGAGAAACCACGUGAAUACUCAACAAGUAUUUUGCAAAGCAGUAACGAAAAAUGGUAUUCAGUUGCAAUAAGAUGCACUUAGAUUUAACUUUACAUGACCUAAAUUGUUAAUUCAUUGUUAUACAGGUGCAUAACUAGGAUUAUGACACCUUCUAUGCUAUCUCUCUAUAACAUAAUUUUUGAAUUUUGUUUGACUCGAGGAAUUUAUUUAUUUAUUGUCGUUAUCUAACGAGUGUAUGCAGGAGUUUUAAAGCGCAGAAUUUUAUAAAUCAAAGUUGUGAAUGAGAUCGUUCGAUGUUAGUUUCGAAAUUGACUCAUGAAGUUAAAUUUUAGGAAUUAUCAUUAACAUCGAAAUCGUUGCUACAAGUUAAUUUAAUCGUAUUAUAUUUUAUCGUUACUGUAUUAUUAUUUACUGCCUCUUAAUUCAUUUUUUGUUAUUUUUUUUUGUUUAUUGAUCGUGCAAUGAUUGUUGUAAUAACUUUAAGUUGCAAGCAUAGAUGGUUGGGACAAUGUUUGUUGGUAUUAAACGAAACAAAAAAAUAGUUCGUAAUUAACAAAACAUUAGAUUUUAACAUGUUUUUGAACAAAAUAACAAUUGCUGAUGUUUGUAAUUUAGUAUUUUUUAUAUUUUAUUUCUAAGCAAAGAUGCUUACUCAGAUACAAAAUUAUGUAUUAUGCUGUUUCCUGAAACACUAAAAGUGUUUAGAAAUAAUUUUCUAAUUGUAUUUAAAUUUAUUAUACAUGAAAGAAUAUAGUCAAUUUUAGUAAGUACUUGAAUAUUUAUAUUAUAAAAAACAUGUUGCUUGUCUUCAUGUUUCUCAUGACUUAUUUAUUAAUUAGACGAGUAGUAUAUUUUAUCCUGCAACACGCAUAUUAUAAAUACCAUAAUCGCCAUCAAAUGAACUUGUUUGUUAAUCAAAACUUAAUUUAUUAAUUUAAAUAAUCAUAAGUUGCAUUAAUCGCAAUAUUUGUUACAUCGAGUCACGAACUUACAAGGUUAACGUUUAAGCAAUUAAUCAGGUGUAAUAAAUAUACUUUCUCUUCUAACGAGGGUAGUAAUUUCGUGUUAAACAAUUGUCACAAAAAAACACGAUUGCCUCGACGUAGCAAAUUCAGUGUCACCGAGGGCAUUCAUUGCUGUUGAAAAAGAGAUAUUUCAAUGCUUGGCGUUUUCUUGCGAGCCAGAAUAUUUUUCUUUUCUAUUGCAACGAUUUUGUUAGAAUCAAAAUUACCUGACAACCUAUCUCUACAGAACCUGCUACCUAAUAAUGUAGGUACAAUGUAUCUGUAAACCCGUGACUCUUCUAUAUUGAAUGUAAAAUGAACAAUGCUCUUAGCGAGAGAAUAAUUAUUUUCAAAAUAAAGAAUCUCCGAAGUCGAACACUUUGCUAUGGUUGUAUUUUUUUUUCACUGAAUUUUUUAAUGAUAUCGUUCGAUAAUUAUCGAUUAUCUUUACCUGAAAAGUACAAGAAAUUUUUCUUUGGUGUUUCUUCUCUACCUCACCCUCUCAUCCAUCUUCUUUGUCAUUCCCUCACCAGAGGAAUCGUAUUUCGAGAGUCGCGUGGAUUAUAGACAGCCUUGAAGUUCUGUAUUUUGUACAUUUCUGUGUAAAAUAUUUAUUGUUAAUUAACGAUAAUUCGUAAGAUCGAACUCCCUUGUCUUACAACAUCUAUAGGACAUCUUCUGUUUUGUCAUCCUUUUCUUUAUUAAUAUCAAAAUUUAGUUACAGAUUUAGUUGCAAAAGAGAUCGUAAGGCAGGGGAUUGAUAGUGACAUUAACACAUUCACAGUUGCUGAUGUGAAUCACGAGAUAUAACGUGAUAGGACCUUGUAGAAUUUUAACUUCAUCGAAUUGUGCAGCAGUGAAAGUGUUAAUAAAUUAGUUCAUUGUAUCACGACGAAUUGCGAAAUGUAUCUGUAUUUCAAUGUAUGUGUAUACGAUGUAUCGUGUUUGUUUUACGUGCUAUCAAUUAUCCAAUGAUCGUUUCCACGAUGAAGAUAACAAACGAUACGUUACUGCCAAUCAAACAAAUGGUACUAUUAGUUCAUUCAAUGUUAAAUAGUAACUCGAAAUUUCAAACGUGUCGAAAUAAUAUUUUAAGCAGCUUUCAUGAUGUACUUAUUUGAUCACCUUUUAGUUAAAGAGCAUAUAGUGAUCAUUUAUAUGAUUCUGGUUCUUGUAUUACGAUCGUGUGUUUCGAGAUAUAUAAACUUGUAAAUCUAUAAAAUUUUUCUGUAAAUUUGGGACGUUAAUAAUGAGCUAAGAUAGAAUUAUAAUUUGCACAAAAUCUAUUAUUUAAAGAAAAAUAUUUUUUAGUAGUCAUUGACUCAUUUAUUCUCUCCAGGUAAUUUUAAUUGAAUACACCUAAUAAUGAUUAACGUCCCAAAUUAAUUUCAAAGAAUUGGUGAUUUUGUUAAUCGUUCAAACGUAGGAACGUGAUGAAGAGAAAUGAAAAAUUAUAAUACCAGCAUGAAUAUGAACGCUACUUUCCACUUGCGAUUUACAAAUAAUCCAGAGAUCAAGCGAUAUCGAAUGCUCGGAAUGUUCUGUAAAAUUCAUAUAUGUAUAUAAAUUGCACACGACACAUAGAACAUUUAUUUAUGGACUGAAGUAAUCCAACAUUAUCAGAUUUAUAAGGAGAUCAAAGAAGAUACGAUAGAAA